GGGGGGGGCCCGGGGGGCGGCGGCGGUGGCGGCGGCGGCGGCGGGACGGGGCGCAAGGACGCGUUCGCCGACGCGGUGCAGCGCGCGCGGCAGAUUGCAGCCAAGAUCGGGGGGGACGCAGCGCCGCCGGUGCCCAACAACAACCCCCCGCCCCCCGACUUCGGGGGCUUUGGGGGGCAGAAACGGCAGCUGGAGGAUGGCGACCAGCCUGAGAGCAAGAAACUGGCAGCACAGGGGGAAGCGCUGCCGGCACCGAUGGGGCCCAUCCACCCCCCACCCAGGACGACGGUGACGGAGGAGUACCGGGUCCCUGACGGGAUGGUCGGCCUCAUCAUCGGACGCGGGGGGGAGCAGAUCAACAAGAUCCAGCAGGAUUCGGGGUGCAAAGUGCAGAUCUCCCCAGACAGCGGCGGGUUACCGGAGCGCAGCGUGUCCCUGACGGGGUCCCCGGAGUCCGUGCAGAAGGCGAAGGCGCUGCUGGACGACAUCGUGUCCCGGGGCCGGGGGGGCCCCCCGGGACCCUUCCCCGACGCCACCAACGGCCAGAACGGAACCGUCCAGGAGCUGAUGAUCCCGGCCGGAAAAGCGGGAUUGGUCAUCGGGAAGGGUGGGGAGACCAUCAAGCAGCUCCAGGAACGGGCGGGGGUGAAGAUGAUCCUGAUCCAAGACGGUUCCCAAAACACCAACGUGGACAAACCCCUGCGGAUCAUCGGGGAGCCCUACAAGGUGCAGCAAGCCUGUGAGAUGGUGCUGGACAUCCUUCGGGAGCGUGACCAGGGCGGCUUCGGGGACCGCUCGGACUACGGCGCCCGCCUGGGCGGGGGCAUCGACGUGCCGGUGCCGCGACACUCGGUCGGGGUCGUCAUCGGCCGCAGCGGGGAGAUGAUCAAAAAGAUCCAGAAUGACGCCGGGGUGCGGAUCCAGUUCAAGCAAGAUGAUGGGACGGGGCCGGAGAAAAUCGCCCACAUCAUGGGACCCCCCGAGCGCUGCGAGCACGCGGCCAGGAUCAUCAACGACCUGCUGCAGAGCCUGCGGAGCGGCCCCCCGGGACCCCCCGGGCCGGGGCUGCCGCCAGGGGGGCGCGGCCGGGGCCGGGGUCAGGGCAGCUGGGGCCCCCCCGGGGGAGAGAUGACCUUCUCCAUCCCCACCCACAAGUGCGGGCUGGUCAUCGGCAGAGGGGGGGAGAACGUCAAGGCCAUCAACCAGCAGACGGGGGCGUUCGUGGAGAUCUCGCGGCAGCUCCCCCCCAACGGGGACCCCAACUUCAAACUGUUCGUGAUCCGCGGGACCCCCCAGCAGAUCGACCACGCCAAGCAGCUCAUCGAGGAGAAGAUUGAGGGCCCGCUGUGCCCCGUUGGCCCCGGUCCUGGCCCAGGGGGUCCCCCCGGCCCCGCUGGCCCCAUGGGCCCCUUCAACCCUGGACCCUUCAACCAGGGUCCCCCCGGAGCGCCCCCGCACCCGGGGGGGCCUCCCCCCCACCAGUACCCCCCCCAGGGCUGGGGCAACACGUACCCCCAGUGGCAGCCGCCAGCCCCCCACGACCCCAGCAAGGCGCCCGCCCCGGACCCCAACGCGGCCUGGGCCGCCUACUACUCGCACUACUACCAGCAGCCCCCCGGGCCGGUGCCGGCGCAGCCCCCGCCCGCCGCGCCCCCCGUGCAGGGGGAGCCCCCCCAGCCCCCCCCCACCGGCCAGGCCGACUACACCAAGGCCUGGGAGGAGUACUACAAGAAACUAGGCCAGCAGCCGCAGCAGCCAGGGGCCCCCCCGCAGCAGGAUUACACCAAGGCCUGGGAGGAAUAUUACAAGAAACAAGCAGCACAGGUGGCCUCGGGGGGCGGUCCCGGGGCCCCCCCCGGCCCCCAGCCCGACUACAGCGCGGCCUGGGCCGAGUACUACCGGCAGCAAGCGGCGUACUACGGGCAGACCCCCGGGGGGGCUGGGCCCGCGCCCCCCCCCGCGCAGCAGGGACAGCAGGCUCAGUGACCCCAUCGUGCCCCCUCGUCUGUGACCCCCUUUUGUUUUGGGCGAGCGGCCGCGGCCGGAUGGGGCGAGCGGCCCCCCACGACCCCCCAAAACCCCCCUGGAGGGGGGUCUGCCCCAAUUCCCCCGCCCCCUUUCCCCCCCCAAUUCCCCCCCAGAGCCGCUCGAACAUUCCUGGGAGCUUCUGGGGACCCCCCACACACCCCUGGGGACCCGAAAAUCCCCCCGGGACCCCCAAUCACCUGGGGAACCCCAAACCCCCUCCCCAAACCCCCCCAUCCCCUCGUGGGGACCCCCAGACGCCCCCCGGGGAGCCCAGGACUCACCCAAGGGCCCCCAACUCCCCUUUGGGGACCCCCGAAGCCCUCCCCAAACCCCCUGGGGGUCCCCAAAUCCUCCCCGGAUCCCCCCCGGGGGUCCCCGAGUCCCCCCGGCCGCCCCCCCCCCCGCCGUGUCCGUGUCGUUCCAGAGCAUCUGGAAAACUCCGACCACCGAAGGCUGAAAGUUUUUACUUUUUACCGCUUGUUUUUAACUUCACAAAUAAACGGAAUAAAAACCA